AGUCGUUACACAGAAUUCCAAUACCUCGCAGCAAAGAGUCAAACACAGUGGAAGCACAGACAUCGGCUGUGAUUAAGCGAAGGGUGGGUUUCUCGCCUUUGAAAAGAUUGCAAAGGAGGAGUUGGUCGUUAAGACUUGUUGAUGGCGGAGAUGCAUUGAUCUAUGGGGUGAAGUGAAAAGCCCGGGUGCCUUUUUUGCCGUGGCGCGGGAGUUGAGCGUGCAUGCAAACUGUGCCUUUGCAUUGUAGAGAAAUUGCGUAUUUUUAUCGUUCCCAUUACGCGCAGGCUCUCUUUUCCGACUGGAUAUACAAUUCCGAACGCCUUACUCUUUCUUAUACUCAUGGGAUCCUCGUAAGUUUAAUUUAUUUGUAUGCUGCUAUCAAACGAGACGUCAUUUCCACAGUCGCGUCAGUUGUGGUUAUGUUUUUAGUCUAGACCGCGAAAGUUGUGUUGUGGCAAAUACAGCCUACAUAUCUUAUUUGAAAAUCCGUGACUGGAAUAGGAACAGUGGAUGUUUCGGAAAGGAUUCCUUUGAAGAUUUGCUUGGAAAUCAAGUGACUUCGUGAUACCCACAAUAACUAUCUCUUUUUGGCCGGCGUUGCACUUAUCGUUGUGCACACAUAUCUCCCCAAAUGCUGGACGCUGUCAGGAUAAAUAAACAUUUCCAUAAAAGUGUCGCGGAUCGAUGCUAAACUUGGUGAAUAUGUGAGCAGAGACGUUAUUGUCGCCAAGUUCCACCUGGGAGACGGGUGGACGUCCGUUCCCCUACCAUAAUUACAAGAAAAUCGCUUUUGUUUGUUUGGCGGUGAUCGACACCCGAGAGUGGACACAGCUGUUCAGGGUUCUGACUUCUGCAAACCGGAGGACGAGCGUGAAUGGAACAUUAAACAUGGGCAUGUCUAUAUAGACGAAAUAGCCCAGUGCAUUUCUGAACGAAAUGGAAUACAAAUAUCAUAGGCUUUGAUGCGAAUAAUCGAUAUGCAGGUAUGACAAAUAACCAGCCAUUCCUCUCAGACCAUUUCGUUAUAACUGAGGUCAAAUCAUAAUGCAAAUAUGAUUUUUUAACGACUGUACCUUAGCGACGUUAGAACUGCCUGAACUAUGACAGCGCAAUGUCUCAUAUCAUCGACAAAAUGUAAUUAUCGGACAUUAUAGAACAAUACGAAUUAAUAUUCCUGACAUACCAAGGACUGACCAUCAUCGCAAAAAUGGGACAAUAAUCAAAGUGUGCACACAAGCAGGGGUGUUUGUGUUGACUGUGCUUUGUCUUCGGAGUUAAACACUUGUGUUUGAGACAUGGCAGCGGCUAUCGCCAGCGGUUUGAUCCGGCAAAAGAGACAGGCACGGGAGCAACAUAUAGACCGACCCUCUACCAACAGGAGGAGGAAAAGCCCCAGCAAGAACAAGGGUCUCUGCAAUGGGAACCUGGUUGACAUCUUCUCCAAAGUGAGAAUCUUCGGCCUCAGAAAGCGAAGACUACGGCGACAAGACCCACAGCUCAAGGGUAUUGUGACCAGGUUAUAUUGCAGGCAGGGAUACUACUUGCAAAUGAACCCAGAUGGAUCUCUGGAUGGGACCAAGGAUGACAGCAGUAAUUCUUCUUUGUUUAACCUCAUCCCUGUGGGUCUUCGAGUCGUCGCCAUUCAGUCGGUGAAGACAGGGUUAUACAUCGCCAUGAAUGGAGAAGGCCAUCUCUACACAUCGGAACUCUUUACAGCAGAAUGCAAGUUCAAAGAGUCGGUGUUUGAAAACUACUACGUGAUCUACUCGUCCAUGCUGUACCGGCAGCAGGAGUCUGGCCGAGCGUGGUUCCUGGGGCUCAACAAGGAGGGGCAGGCCAUGAAGGGGAAUCGAGUGAAGAAAACCAAACCAGCUGCUCACUUUCUACCCAAGCCAUUAGAAGUUGCUAUGUACAGAGAGCCAUCGUUGCAUGACGUUGGGGAGACGGUCGCAAAGCCCGCCGGUGUCCCUUCCAGCAAAAGCACAAACGAGCCCGCUGUAAUGAACGGGGGAAAGCCGGUCAGUAAACCCCCCACCACCACCACCACUACCGCUGCCGCCACCACCGCGGCUACCACCACCGCGGCCACCACCGCUACCCCAGCUGUCCCUGGUCCCGUCCCGACGCCCGCGCCCACAUCUGCCCCUGCCCCCACCACUACCACAACCGCCACUAAACCUGCCACAUAGCC